CGCGCGCGCCCCGCGACAGGUCUGGAAGUGCGAGGAGGAGGACGCAGGGAGAAAAAAAACCAAAACGCUGCGGGAGCGAGGAGUGAUGGCGGUGAGCAGGAAGAAAGGGACAAGUUUGAGAGUGUAAUAAGUGGACCACCGCGGCGCCAAACGCGAUGAAGCAAGCUGGAGACGCCUUCGCUGUGAGUCUGUAGCUGAGACAGCGACUCCGAAGAAGCUCCGACCGGACCGAUGGCAGCACCUUUGUAAACUUGAGCGAUAAUAGUUCACCGACAAAUAGUCAUCAGUCUCUCUGAAGCCGGAUUUUUCUGUUAGGGCCGCAGUCGGAAGAAGCAAAGAAAAUGAUCAGAGCAGAAAACAAAGGAGGUGAGCGGACCCUCAGGAGCGCAUCCCCUCACAGAAAUGCAUACAAGUCUGACUUCCACGCCAUCAAGUGCACUUUUGACGGGUCGAAGUCCGAGAGCGAUCCCAAGUCGUACACGAAUGGAUCAAGCGAGACCCGGGAGGACUCGAGGGGGAGGCCCUUUGGGACCAGAGUGAACAAGAUAAAGAACAUAUUCCUGCAGAUGGACGGUCAACAACAGGAGUGCCAAGAGGGCAAAGUGACCCCAAAGCCCGACGUGUCACUUGUCUCCCCGACGAAGCUGCAAUUUCCAGUCAACACUCACAGAGUUAGCCUCAACAGUGCCACAAGCCCAGAGUCACAAAAUGUAGAUAAAACGCCGAAGGGGGAAGAUGUUGAGAUUGACAAAGUGGCUUUGGCAGAAAAGUUUUCUGUGACCAGAAAACUCUUUGAAAGGGGCAUCAAAGAGCCGCCUGCUGCCGAAAAGCAGUCUCCAAGCAGAGGAGUGACCCGUUUGUCCCUCGGAAGUUCCUCUGAUGAGGGGAAAUGCACGAAGAGAGCAUCGGGCUCCUCCGAGACCACUGUCAAAUCAGAGCAAAAUCUUAAAUCAACAGUUAAAUGUCAACCGGAUGAGAAGGCCGAUAGUGAGAAAAAUAAUGCGUCUAGAGGGUCAUUGAAUGCAGGACCCAUAUCCAAAAGGUUGGAUAAUUAUGUGGCAGAGAAUGACCUCGAAGACAACAACGCCGCUCCUGCAAAGGGAAGGGUGGCGUCCGCGAAACAACACAGUCCCACCGAAGACAUUUCUUUCUCUCCAACAAAGGACACCUUCCACAACCCUACUUCUAAAGAAGCCACUAAGUUUACGCCUGCGACUGACGCCACCAACAAGAACACCUCCCAGACCGCUGGUGUCACUACCAGACAGGCGUCCAUUGUUAAAGCAACCAUCGCAAACAAAUCUAACUCUCCAGCUACCGAGGUCGGCCACAGACCCCUCUCACCAGAGAAAUCGAGCCCAGUUAGCCAUGGCUGCAAACACUCUUCAUCAUCCAGUGGUGGUUUUAGUAGGACAUCUGUUGAUGAAGGCAAUACAGAUAGUCCGCCCCCAAGGGACGCCAAGCCGCCUCCUCCAUCAGCUGGUGGAUUUCAAAACACCAACAGGCCUAUAUACCCUGAAAAGGCCAGGAGUCCUACAACGGACAAGCCGUCCAGCCAGACCUCAUCAGUGGACUCCAGGGGGGUGGGCGUGGUGCGGGCAGAACUGGUGGUGGUUCAGAACGAGUCCUCGGAGAGUGAGGAAAACGAGAACGAGAACAUAGACAAUAAUGUGUUUGAGGGGCAGAGGGGGCAAAGCCCCAAAGACGACCUAACGACAAACCGGAAAAGGACCCCUGCGACAGAAAAAACAAGCAGUAACCCGGCUCAUCGUGUCUUGGCAAGAGAUGUUGCAAAAGAGACUCAAAGGACAGCGGAGACCGCGGUUGAUGGUACAGUCCUAGAGGACGACGAGCGAUUUCUGUUGAAAAAGCAAGACAUUUCAGCUGUGAGCAGCCGAGAUGUUGACAAUUACCCCGAGGAGGACGAUGAGGUCGCAGAGGAGGAGAGUGAGCCGGAGGAGCAGGUGGGCCACAUCAUCCCGGAUAGAGCCUCACCAGUAGUGUACGGUAUUGAGAAUGCAGCAUUUGUGGAUGACAGAGAUGUAGAUCAGAUACUCAGAGAAGAGGAGGAUGAUGAAGAAGAAGAAGAUGAUGAUGACGGCGAAGAGGAGGAAGAUCGAAUGUAUCGGGAUUAUGACGAAUGUUACGAGACCACUGGUCUGUCAGACGAGGAGGAGCCUCUCCCCAGGAGGAAGAUCAAGUUCUCCACGGAGCCCAUUCAGGUGUUCAGUACCUUCUCCAAUGAGGAUUAUGAUCGGCGCAAUGAUGAUGUGGAUCCAGUCGCAGCCUCUGCAGAGUACGAGCUGGAGAAGAGGGUGGAGAAGAUGGAUGUGUUCCCUGUUGAGAUUGAGAAAGGAGAAAAUGGACUGGGCAUCAGUAUCAUUGGAAUGGGAGUGGGAGCUGACCAGGGACUGGAGAAGCUGGGAAUCUUUGUGAAAACCAUCACCGAGGGAGGGGCAGCUGAGAACGAUGGACGCAUACAGGUGAAUGACCAGAUCGUGGAGGUGGAUGGUGUCAGUCUGGUGGGCGUCACCCAACUGUUUGCUGCAACCGUCCUGAAGAACACCAAAGGCACAGUGAGGUUCUCGAUUGGACGGGAACAGCCAGGCACUCAAAGCGAGGUGGCCCGCCUCAUAACUGAGACAUUAGAGCAAGAGAAGAACCAGCAGCAACAACAUCUGGAAGACCACUACGAACACUCUACAGAGGAGGAGGAGUGUCAGGAAGAGCGCUACGAUGAGGAGGAGGAGGUGGAUGAGAGGAUUUUGUGCUCCAGUUUCACCGCUGGGCAGAACGUGGAGCUGUAUGAGCUGCCCGACACAGAGGCGCUGUUCAUGCCGACCAACAUGGACGGCUCUCAGAUGGUCUUCAAGUUCAAAGAGUUGCAGCUCAAACACAGCACUGCUGCAGCAGAAAUAAAUCAACUGAAGGAAAAGCUACGUGCAUCUGAGGAGGAUCGAUCGCUGUGGGAAGCGAGGGAGUCUGCACUGGAGCAGAAGAUCGAGGAUAGUAACGACAAAUUGCUGAAGUUGGAGAGUUACUGGCUGGAAGCUCAGGGUCUGUGUAAGAUUGUGAAUGAGCAACUAGCCGAGACUCAGAGCCAGCAUGAGACGCUGGACAAGAAGUACAACAAGGCCAAGAAACUGCUUAAGGACUACCAGCAGAAAGAGAUAGACUUUGUGAAGAAAGAGGAGGAGCUGAGAAAAAUUCUAGAUGAAAAAGACAAGUGGUAUAAGGAGCAGCUGGAGAGCUUGCAGAAGAGGAUAGCUGUGCUGGAGUCCAGAGGGGCCUCGGACGAGGAGCGACUAAACGGCCACAUCCCAGACGAGAGAUUAACCGGUCGAGACCCGGGCGCCAACGCGCAGUCUGUGGACUCACCACUCGAAGAAGACUGGAACGAGUUGGUGCCGGAGACCGAGCGCUUGGACACCAGUGCGCACAAAGCAAGAGGCCUGCUGGCGCAGAGGGCCAAACGCCAGCCUCCGUCCCGGAACAAACUGAAGGACCACCUGACGGUGGCCUCAGGUCACACUCAGGAAACAGAUGAAGAGGAGGAGCAGGAAUCUCCCCGGAGGAGGAGGUCCAUCCAGGAGAGCUUGUAUCUUCCGGUGCCCGUCUGCUAUCCUGGGAAUGGACAAAAAGAGGAUGCAGGGGAGAACAGGGACGGAUCCAGGAGUAAAGCAGAGCUCUCCAGCAGCCCGUCUCUGUCCCCAUCACAGGGAGACGGUAUUGAAAGCAGUGGAAGUGUCUCUUUGUCCAGUCCAAAAGACCCCUCGUCCCCACAUUCCCCCUCUGGAUUAAUGCGCAAUGUGAAGAAGAGGGAGUCAAAAGGGAAGAGCAAAGAGCUCAAAGAAGAGACAAAUGAGGCCUCAUCAGCUGGAAAACCGAAAAGAAGAUUUCCAGACUUUGGAGGUCUCCGGAAGUCAGGUGGCAAAGGAAAAAAACAUGAUAAGGAGGCCAUGAGAGCAUCUUUAGACAGCAGGGGAUCGGCAGAGUUACUGGAGGAGUCCAGCGGGAACCUGUCUCCUGCCGAUUCAAUGUCCUCCAUCCCCACCUGUAUGCCCUUCUCCUGGUUUGGAGACAAAGAGAGGGACAGAGACCGAGAGCCCUCCUCCUCCAGCAGCAGCCUGCCGUACGCCGCGACCGAGACCAGCAGCGAGCAGAGCCAGGACCGCAAGAAUAAGACAAAUCUCUCCUGGUCCUCUUUAUUCAGUCGCUCAUUAGAUUUGAGUUUUUCAGUCAUAGAUGAUUCUAACCCUGCCAGCCCCAGUUCAGACGCCUCGGGGUUAGUCGCUGAGCCCAAUCUGUCUGGGCGCACACACACUUUAAUCUUCUCUUCCAGUGAGACUUUGGACGAUGAACCAGUGGCUGCAGGGAAAGAGUAUCAGUGGCAGAACCGGCCCGUCUCUGAAUGGACCAAUCAACAGGUCUGUCACUGGUUGAUGGGCAUGAACAUGGACCAAUACACCCCCGAAUUCACAGCCAAGGGUGUCGACGGCCAACAGCUCCUCAACCUGGACAGUGAAAAGCUGAAGGCCCUCGGGGUGUCAAGUCAAAGCGACCGUUCGACGGUCAAGAAGAAGCUGAAGGACUUGCGCAAGGCUCAGGAGAAGAUGGAGAAGCAGAGAGAGAAAAAAGAGAAGGAGGGGCGGCGCAGCGGGAGGCCGCCGGCCACCACCGACUCUGUCUGCUGAGUCAGCAGCGCCGCUCCCUGAAUUCAUUCAUCACUAGAAGAUCCCCGAGCAGCCAUCUUUGUUUAUUACUCUUUUUGUUGCCAUGAGGUGACAUUCCCGUGUAAACACCAAGAAGCACAGAGGUGACUGCCAGGCGACCCGACUGAUUGACGUUCACGCAGUGGCUCCUGAUUCUUCUCUCGUCAGUGACCCUCUGGAAUGUUUUAACAAAUGUCAGCGCAAACUAUUUUAAAGGAAGAAUGGUGAAUGUAAAAAAAGGAGAAAUGACUUGACCAAGAUGGAAUCCUAACAUCUUUUUACCACUAAUAGCUCAAAGCUGUAAUUAUAGAGAAAGAAAUGUUUUCAGAAUGAAAGAAUCAAAUGGUAGUUGUUGUGGAUCAUGCAUGCAUUCACCCAUGGAAGUCAACUGUCUACUGCUUUUCCAGCAUUUUAUAUUUUUGCUAGUAUAACUUGCCUGUUUCCGUGUACAUGGACUCUUCUGCAGGAGCGCUUGUAAAGUUCAGAUACAAGCACUAUAUUUGUCUUUUAAGCUUCAAAGGGUGACAAGGUUUUAAAUGUAUAAAUGACUUUUAUACAUGAGCUUAUUAACUGCAUAUCUUUUUUUACUUAAAUAUCAUUGUUCAUUUUAUACUGCAUCCCUUUUUUCUACUAAGUAGAAUAGCUAGGCUGUGGUAUUUCACCGAAUAAAAAGCAGCAAACGAAUCACGCAGGGACGAGGUGAAUCCACCGGGGCCUCUACGCGGCGUCCAACGGGAGGAACUCUUGGUACAAGCAUCAAUAAACUCAUUUUCACUUUA